AUGUUGCCAUUUUGUACCUCGCUCACGACCGAUGUUUUGUCCGCCCCGACCGCCUGCGCAGCCGCGGAGACGGAAAUUUGUCCGAGUCAACCCCCUGCAUUCAAAUUACCGUUCAUCCUUGUGAAGGGAACGACGAUCCACGUCUUCCUGAUCCACUUGACUUGGCUGUUCGCUAAGUCUGGAUAUCACAUGGCUCCCGCCACAUCGGGGACAGAAAACCAGCAUCCCGCCCGCGAUGUUGCCUCCCGGUCAGUACCGGCCCCAGGGCUUGGCCAGGAUAUCGACCAUGUAACCGAAACGACGUCUCUGCUGGGUUCUGACAGACCGAAAAAUGGCGACGCGCAUGCUGCAGGCUCACCGUACGGCUCGUCGUCGCCGAAUGGAGACACUGCCAACGAGGUUGAGGAAAAACCUCUUCCUACGCGCCAAAUCUUACUGCUUUGUUAUGUACGAGUGGUUGAACCAUUGGCAUUUUUCUCCAUAUUUCCCUACAUCAGUCAGAUGGUGCAAGAAAAUGGAAAUGUUCCAGACUCGGAUAUUGGCUUUUACAGCGGACUGAUCGAGUCGAUGUUCUCCCUGACACAGGCCAUUGUCAUGAUUUUCUGGGGCCGAGCGGCCGAUCGCAUCGGACGCAAGCCCGUCCUGGUGUCAUCCUUGUUCGGUGUGACAUUUGCGACUGCUCUAUUCGGUAUGGCGAAGAGUAUCCCGCAGAUGAUUCUGUUCAGGUGCAUUGCCGGCGUUUUUGCGGGGACUAUCGUCACCAUCCGUACCAUGAUCGCCGAACACAGCACGCCCAAGACCCAGGCUCGCGCAUUCAGUUGGUUUGCAUUUACUGGAAACCUGGGCAUUUUCCUGGGUCCUCUACUGGGUGGUGCCCUUGCCAACCCCACGCGUCAGUACCCGGGCGUUUUUGGGUCUAUCGAGUUCUUCAAAAAGUACCCCUACGCCCUUUCCAGUCUGAUCAUCGCUCUUAUCGGGGCGACCGCUGCUGUGUCUAGUCUCUUGUUCAUUGAAGAGACCCUGAAGAAGAAAUCGGACUCUGUGAAUUCUAGGUCGGAUGCGCCAGUCCAAGGCGACCUCUCAACCUGGCAGCUCCUAAAAGCACCUGGUGUAAGCAUGGUGCUCUACGUCUUCGCGCAUAUCACGAUCCUUGCAUUCGCAUACACCGCGAUUAUUCCGGUAUUCUGGUAUACCCCUGUGCACCUUGGAGGCUUCAGUCUCACACCCUUUCAAAUUUCUCUGAUGAUGGGUCUGAAUGGCGCAGCCCAAGCCGCAUGGCUUCUAUUGGUAUUCCCUCCACUACAACACAGAAUCGGAUCGAACGGUGUGAUCAGGCUCUGCGCCCUUGCCUACCCGUGGUUUUUCCUGUGUUGCCCUCUCGGAAACGUGCUACUGCGAAUGAAUACCGAGGGAUCGCUCAAGUUUUUUUGGGUCUUCGUGCCGGUGGCCCUGGCCUUUGGAAGUGGUGUUGCAAUGAGUUUCACAGCAAUUCAACUUGCCAUCAACGAUAUUGCACCAUCGCCCAGGUUCCUGGGCACACUCAAUGCCCUGGCCUUGACUGGUUCCAGUGGACUGAGAGCUUUCUGCCCGGCACUCUUCACCAGUCUCUUUGCGUUAGGCACGAGAACGCAGCUGGUUGGAGGUUACGCAAUUUGGAUUUUCAUGUUUUUCCUUGGCGCCGCCUUGUCGAUUUCAGCAAAAUACCUCCCAGAACCUGACGCACGAAAAGAACAAGAUGAUUAA